AAUUUUGUUUACCUUAACACCACAAGGAUUCUGACUGGAAUUGAUCUGGGAGCUAAAGACCUCAGAUAUCUCUUGACCACGAACCACGAACAGCUUCCCCACGAACAGCUCCUUGCUUCCCGCGAACAGCUUCUCGCACUCACCCCCGAUCGACGAACCGCGAACAGCAAACCUCGACCAAGCUGUCGAGAGAACUUUGAUCACAAGCUAAGGGUUGCUUGUGAACAAGAGGAUCUUCGAACAGGAAGGAUUUGAUCUCGGAUGGAAGUAAGAACAGGAAGUCGGUUUAGGGUUUUAGGGUAAGGGAGAAUAGGCGGCUGCUUUAGGGUUUUGGGAGAGAGGCUAUCGUGCUGAUAACGUGUUGUAAAUUAGGGAGUUUAGGGAAUAAAUCUCUUAGGUUAUUAUUGAUAGGAAUUGAGGUUACAACAAGUAUAUAUAGUGUUACAAAUCCUAAGGUAAAACCGACAUACUAAUGCUAUCGCCAAUAGGCUUCGACUAACGGGCCGAAGGCUCUCGACCAAGUGUGGUCGAGAGGCUGCGCACGGACGGACUGAUAAUGGGCCGGUUGGAUAGAGUCCACCAAGUGUUUUACAACAGUUUAUUAAUACUAAUACACAUAAUCACUAAUUUGUAAUCAGUCACAAAGAGAGAGACAUCAUGUGUUCAUUAGAGAAACGUGGUCGGCUUUUCAUACUAAAACUCACCGGCGACGGCGAACACCGUCUCAACCCAACAUUACUCGACUCCAUCCGCUCCACCAUCAACAAGAUCCGUUCAGAUCAAUCAUCUUCACAAUCAGUACUCAUCACAACGUCAGAUGGUAAGUUCUUCUCCAACGGCUACGAUCUCGCUUUAGCCGAAACAAACCCAUCUCUCUCUGUUCUGAUGGACGUAAAACUCAGAUCCUUAGUCGCCGAUCUCAUAUCUCUCCCUAUGCCAACCAUCGCCGCCGUCACAGGUCACGCCUCCGCUGCGGGAUGUAUAUUAGCGAUGAGUCAUGACUAUGUGUUGAUGCGUAGUGACAGAGGUUUUUUGUAUAUGAGUGAGUUGAAUAUUGAGUUGAAAGUUCCGGCGUGGUUUAUGGCUGUGAUUAGGGCUAAGAUUGGCUCUCCGGCGGCGAGGAGGGAUGUUAUGUUGACGGCGGCGAAAGUGACGGCGGAGAAGGGUGUAGAGAUGGGGAUUGUUGAUUCGGCGUAUGGUAGUGCGGCGGAGACGGUUGAAGCCGCCGUUAGGUUAGGUGAGGAGAUUGUUAUGAGAGGUGGUGAUGGACACGUGUAUGGUAAGAUGAGAGAGACUCUUUUUAGAGAGGUUCUUGUCCAUACGAUUGGUUUUGAUGAGACCGGUUCGAGUGGGGUGCGAAACACUGGAUCUAAACUCUAAAAUACGAAAGUCUACGGGUGUGUUGUACUUUGGUUUGGUACGAGAAUGACUUUUUCAACUUGUUGAAGUAAUGUGAACUUAAAAAACA